AUGGCUUCCAAACCCAACCCUUAUGCGUUCCCCCUCAAGGUCAAGGAAUAUGCUGCCGCGCCCGUGCCUUCUAUGGAGGAAUGGGAGACAAUGUGGAAAGCAUGGGACUGCGUUACCACGCAAAUGUUCCCGCCUGAGGCCUUGAUGGAGCAGCCCAUCUCCCUGAGAAAUCCUCUCAAGUUUUACGUUGGUCACAUACCAACAUUCGAGGACAUUCAUCUUAGUAGGGCCACAGGCACGGCCCUGACUGAGCCUUCGUCGUAUGCUCAGUUCUUUGAACGGGGCAUCGACCCGGAUGUUGAUGAUCCCACGCAGUGUCACGAUCACAGCGAACUGCCUACGGUCUGGCCAGAUCUUGAAGAGAUGCUCGACUAUCGAGAGAAGGUCAAGUUACGUAUCAAGUCUCUGUACGAAACUGGCUUGGCGUACAAAAGCAGAUGUGUUGGGAGGGCCCUCUGGAUAGGGUACGAGCACGAGGGCUUGCACCUAGAGACGUUCCUGUACAUGUCACUCCUGAGCCCCAACAUUAAGCCGCCUCCUGGCGUGCCGCGUCCAAACUUUGAAAAGAUGGCCAAGCUUGCGGUCGCUCGAAGAGUUCCAAAUCAGUGGUUCAACAUCCCAGAGCAGGAGCUUACCAUCGGUUACGAAGAUCCGGAGAGUGACGACGGUCCCAAUCGAUACUUUGCGUGGGACAACGAGCGAGAGCCGUACGACGUUCGAGUCGCGGGCUUCGAGGCUCAGGCCAGGCCCGUCAGCGUGGGCGAGUAUGUAAUCUACCUGGUCGAUGCUGGAAGACAGGAUAGUUUCCCUGCCACCUGGGUGCACAUGGAUACGUCCGAUCUGCAAUCAGAUGGCUCCCUCAACGGAGCGCAAUGUAACGAGCAUGUUGCCAGAUCCCUCAACGGGUCAUCAAAUAACAAGGUCAAUGGAUCCCUCAACGGCUCCGACCCCCACCAAAGCAGGCAUUCAGAAGAAUCAGUCCAGUCCUUCAUCGCCAGCCACGGCAUCCGGACCGUCUGGGGCCCCAUCCCGCUCGCCCACGCCCUCGACUGGCCGGCGACGCUAUGCUACAACGACGCGUCCAGCUACGCGGACUGGGUCGGCGGCGGCGUGCGCAUCCCGACGAUGCACGAGGUUCGGAGCAUCCACGAGUUUGCCGACGAGCAAAAAAAGAAGAGGCACGGAGUCGAGACCACCACCCGGUCCGGUGGGCCCGCCAACGCCAAGAACAAGCAGAUGCACACGGACCCCGAGGCAAUAUUCACCGACCUGACCGGCGCCAACGUCGGGCUGCAGAAUUUCCACCCCGUGUCCGUCACUCACCGCGGCGGCGAGCUGUGUGGGCUCGGCGACCUGGGAGGCGCCUGGGAGUGGACGAGCUCGCUGUUCGCGCCGCAGCCCAACUUCAAGCCCAUGGAUAUAUACCACGGCUAUAGCUACGACUUUAUGGAUGAGAAACACAUGGCCAUUACCGGUGGGAGUUGGGCUUUACCUCCGCGCAUCUCGGGACGCAAAAGCUUGUGA